CUCGUCGUCUCUGCUUGCUUUAAUUAUUUGCUCGAUCUCUGCGCAUGCACAUAGCUAGCAGGUGCUUGCUUUCCGUGUCUGAACAUUCCGGUGAGUGGGUAGCUUGGCUAGUGGUGGUGUGGGAGAGCGAUGGCACAGGGAAGAGGCAGUGGUGAUGUGGUCCUCGCGGUGCUGCUCCUCUGCGUGCUCCUCCACGGCCAGGUCGCGGAGUCGGCGGUGUUCACCGUCGGCGACCGCGGUGGCUGGGCCUUCAACACCAACAGCUGGACCAACGGCAAGCGCUUCAAGGCCGGCGACGUGCUAGUGUUCAAGUACGGCUCGUCGGCGCACAACGUGGUGGCGGUCAACGCGGCCGGGUACAAGGGUUGCACCACGCCGCGCGGCGCCAAGGUGUACAAGUCCGGCAACGACCGCGUCACGCUGGCGCGCGGCACCAACUACUUCAUCUGCAACUUCCCCGGACACUGCCAGUCCGGCAUGAAGAUCGCCGUCACCGCCGCCUGACCCGGCCGACGACGCAUCUCAGCUCAUCUAUCUACCAGCUGAUUAACUCGAGUGCAGUGCCUGCCUAUUAUAUAUUACACUGCUGUUACCAUUACCAUACACAAAGUUUGGUUUAGAGUUGUCCUUGAUCGUCACUAUAUGCAUGCAUGCAGUGUGUGAUUGAUGUGAAUUUUAUAUGGAUGUGAAUAAAAGGCACAAAUACAUGACACGACGGCUGUGGUUAAUUGAUCGUGUAAAGUAACAAUAUUGUGUGAAUUUUUAAGGGAUAAUGAAAACACCGGGACUUUAUUACUCU